UUGGGUUCUGAUCCAGAGGAGAAGCUAGCCGCUGUUGUCCUACAACUUCACGGCGAAACGUGCUGCCGCUCUGCCUUUUUUGUAGUUAUAAAACCUGAAGCAAAAUCAAGUUUAGCUGUAAAAAACAAGAUGGGUUUAACUAAAUUCCUCCUGGUUUUCCUGGUUUUCCUGAAGACGGAGCCCCUGUUCGCUCAGGUGGCGCCACCAACAAAUGUGACCCUUUACUGUCAUAACCUGCAGAACAUCCUUACGUGGGACUACGACCAAAUCACACCCGGGCUCAAAUUCAGAGUGACUAUUAACUCAGAAUCUGGACUAGACAAUUGCAAUAAGGAACUUUGGGUCGACCAACCUCCUCUGCAGGCUAACCUGUCGUUUCUGUCAGAUCCGGACAACUCCUUUUAUCUUACAGUAACAGCUGUGGUCGGUCCAGAUGAGUCGGAGGCCUCUCCGCCAGGUGGCAUCACUUUCAGCUACUUCCACGGCUCUUUGGUAGCUAAGAUAUGUUCUGUGGACCUGCCUUCUGUUACUGUUACUCCUCAGACAGAUGACCACGUCCUGUUCCGCUUCCAGCAUCCCUGGCUGCUGUACGGCAACAAGGUGUCCAAAUGUCAAACGGGCAGGAAGAAGAAAAGCAACAUGGAACAACUUCCACUUUUCAAGUAUACUGUUAAAACAACUGGCAAGGAACAACCUCACUCCUUCGAGUGUGAGGAAAGUGUGUGUGAGAAGAAGCUGCUAGUGGAUGCAGCACAGGAGAAGCACUGUCUGCAGAUCAGUGGCGAACUACAGAAGAUGUUGGUCAAACCAAAACAAGAGUACUGCACCGGGCCCAUGAAAAAACCUCAACUCGAUCACACCGCUGUCUUCAUCGGAGUCGGCGGUGUAAUCCUGCUGGCAGUUGCGUUAAUUGUCUUCAUGGUUUACCACAAAAAGACGAACUCCUCGUCUCCUUUACCUAACUCCAUUAAGACGUUCACGCCAGUAGAAACGCAGCUCACUAUACCAAGAGGUCCGGAGUGGGUCAACGUCGUAGAGAUGCCUGACUCGCCCACACCUCUGCUCACCAACAUCGAAGGGAUGGAUGAGGAACCGUUUGUUCCUUCUGUUAAUGGAUCGACAGAAAACGAUGUCCGCAUGCAAAUAGGGAUGUCGCCUGGUAACCACAGUGGGUCUGAAAACUUGGAAGGGAACGUGGAUGGAAAGGGCUCUGUAUACAUAGGAGGCAACAACUUGGAGUAUGAAGAGGAGGAGCCCGAGGCCGUUCAAAUAUCCCGCUCUCCUUACGAGAGGCGUCCGGUGCCAGUGCAGUUGGCUCCUGAUGAUCGCACUGAGGGAUACCGUGGCUGAAGGGGGAUUAGGAAAGGGCUAGUCUUCUUUUUUUUCCAAUUUUAUUUCCUUGGCAGCAAAGAAAACGACCAGGAUCUCGUCCGGUUGGGCUAUUUGACCCUUCACUGCCAUGUAGAAGAAAGGCCACAGGCUGUGUUUUGCUGAUCUAACAUCUAAGAUAUAAAAUAUAUCCACUUGA